GCUCGCUCAGCCUAAACCCUAGUUUUAAAACAUCCAAGGACAAUUUCGGAAUAGGGUUUCGGCAAGAGUGAUGAUGUACAGCGCGACACCGACCCAGGAGAGGAACUGGCAGGAGCUGGUUGCUAAGGCCGUGAACUGGGAGGAUUUGAGCGCCGCUCUGACAUCCUGGAAUGACGGCUUUAAGUGGGAUCCUUCGCUCCGUGCAUUCAGAUUAUUGAAGCUUCUCGCGGAUGACUUUACGUUUCAUGUGUUUGACCGGUCUUUUAUCACUUUUGAUGAGCUGCUCCGACACAGCACUACAAAUGCUGAAAUUGCCACAACCGUCCUUCGUUUUCUCCUGCAUGCAUGUUCGGCUGUUUACUAUGACUUAACAUCUGAGACUUUUGAUGUGCUAAAUGGGUUCUGCGAGAAGCUUGCAUAUCGCUUCUCGAAUCAGCAACUAUGGAGAGCUUACGCGUUGUCUCUGAUGGCCCUUGCUGCCCGUCUUCCUGGUGCCUCGGAAAGGCUAGCUAAUCUUCGAAAUCUAAAUUCUGGGAUGCAGCUGGCGGAAACUGUCACCUGCAGGUCAAGUAUGUUUCGAGGUCUACCUGCGGAGUGCAGUCAGCUUGUUCACAGUGGUUUGGCCUUCCAAGUGUCUGUGGAUGUUGAGAAGCUGGACAAGUCAAUCAAACUUAGGGAUGUUAUAGAACUCGCGAAUGGCCCAAUCAACAUGUUCUUUAUGCCGCACACUUCCCGGUGCGUUGAAUACCUGGACAGGAGUCUUCGUCUCAUUUGCGAAGCGCUAAAGAGAUGUGAAGGUACAAGGUUCGACUACGCCCUCUUCGGCAGGCUUGUGGUCGUGUUCGGUCUAGAAGAUCGCAUCAUUCCAGUGGCAUUGUCGUCUUUAGCUCGGACAUUGUUCAUCGAGCUUCUAAAGAGUCUCUCCUUCAGUGGCGUCAUAGAUGUCUUCGGAAGGCUCAUCCCGCAAAUGGAGACAUCUGCAAAGUUUUGUCUUCUGCUGACUCUCUUUCGGGAAUUUAUACGUCUAAAAUGGCCAGGCACAGCAAAUGAUGUAGAUCCUGCAGCAUUCAAGGAACUCCAGGGUCUCCUCAACUGGAUGUUCACUUCCGGGGCUCUUCAGUUUAAUCCAACUGAUAGUGAGGAAGACGAUAAGAAUCGUACAAGAGGUUUUUUGGAGCAGCUGGAAACGGUAGAAGUCGGUGUGAAUGUCUACCUGCUUAUUGUGUGGCUGGAAGUGAAGGCUGGGACUGAUUAUUGCGGCUUGCUUGCCACUACUGAAAAAGUACGCAACUCAUGGUUGAAACCUUUGCUGGAGCAGGAAGUCGAGAUCACAGAACCGCUCUUUAACAAUUACCUUACGGUGGCACGAUCGGUAAUAGAGUAUGCUUUGCUCGUAAACAGCGACCCUCAGAUCGUCAUAGAGGAAGGCCUCCUACCCUGCUAAUGAUUCUGUGCACUCACGGAAGAAACAGAGGUGGGAGUCACUUUAUAAUUUAUUAAUUUAUUUAUCACCGGAAAUAUUUGCUGUUUAUAUA